AUGGUCAUUAUGUUAGUCUUGACUGUCGGCAUAGCAAUUGCGGAAAUCAUCUACGGUUUACGUGUACGAUCGCAAUUACUUAUUGCUGAUGGGCUCUUUUCAUUUGCCGAAGGUAUUGCAUUAGUCGGCUCUUUAAUUGCAUUGCGAUAUGCGAAAGCUGAACGUUUACAUACGAAAAAUACAUUCGGUUGGGCACGUCUGGAAAUUCUUGCUGGCUUACUGCAGGAGGUUCUUCUUGUCUCACUUUCUUUGUCAAUUAUUGUCGAUGCUGUGAAUAAAUUAAUCAAUCCCAAUCAUAUCGAAGAUGCAUUCGCGAUGAUUCUUCUUGGUACUGGCGGAUGCGUCAUCGGUCUACUGGGCCUAUUUUUGUUUCGUGGAUACCGUCAUGAUCAUAACAUAGGCCAUGAAAUCGUUGAACAAAAGAAAAAUGAUUUCGUUCGAAGUGUGUAUACCACGCUGAGAAAUCUCGAUGCGAAUGCUGAGCCCAAUGAAAAUCCUCUAAUCGAGCAAGCAACUCUUCCAUCUAAUCGUCCAUCUAUUAUCGUUCCUGAACUUGUUGUUACAGAAUCGAGUACAAAUACGAAUCCACCUCCUAAUUAUGAUCAACGAAGAAAACGAACAUUAUCAAACGAUUUAAUCUUACCCUCGUUAAAUGACACGUAUAAAAAUUCUUUUAUAGUUUCGGGAUCAUCAACUGAACCAGUUAGAGAAGAACGUACUAGUGAUACUAGUGAGAAACAAUUACGUGUGCCUGAUCGUGUAUCUGUCGAAUUCACACGCAUGAGAAGUCGAAGUGGAGAUUCAGUGAUGUCGUCGACAUUUGCACUUAAUCAAAUGGAAUCGGAUCCCGAAGAUGAUUUGCAAAACUCACGUGUCUUUGCAACACUACACGCGCUUUCAUUACAUUCAUUGGCUGUUCUUCUCGAAUCUUCAAUAGUAUUAUUUUCUGGUUUAUUAAACAAAUUUAUUCCAAACAAAGACGACAGUGGAAACCAAAUCAAUCUAUGGUUAAAAUAUAUUGAUCCAUCUUUGACAUUAGUCAUGGUGGUUGUUAUCGCAAUUAAAGCUAUUCCUGUUAUCUGGUCACUAGGCAAUAUCCUAGUCGAAGCUGUUCCGGCUGGUAUCAAUACCAAACAACUAAUCAAAACGAUUAUGAAAACAAUUCCACAGAUACGUGCUGUACAUGGUGUACAUGUAUGGAGAGCAACGGCUCGAGAUAUCUUUGCAACGUUGCAUGUUGUUUGUGAUGAAGAUUUAUCUUUAAGUACAUGUACAGAUUUGUUCGGUCGUCAAUUACAACGAAUCUUUGAAACUCAUUGCAUACGUCAUUUCACUUUACAGUAUGAGUACAUCGAACCAGGUGGGAAUAUCAAUCGAUGUGCAUAUGGCACACGUCGACGGCAUCGUGGUCAUCAGUCGACUUCAGAAGAUAAUGAUAAUAUUAUGAUUCACUCACAUAUUGAUCUACAUGUCAAUUCACAAAAGAUGGAUCCGACGGAUUUAUUACGACGCUCUGUCUAA